GGCUGUGUGCUUUGUUUCCUUUGCUUCCGUUGAAGUGUAGGUCUGGCAGUACGGUAGGAUCAGUCAGUCAGGAGAAAAGAGUGGAGCAUUUGCACAAUUCGAAAACUUAGCUUGCUGGAAGACAGGUGAAUUGUUGGUUGCUCUGAGUGAAACCAUGGUGGAGUUUCGAACGAGGGUGCCUGAGCAUCAGCAAGGUGCUUACCAGGGUGCGUACGUGGAAACGUCCAUUCCCAAGGUCUCGGAGACUCCGUUGUACGGAAGAGACGAUGGGACUCCGGAGACUUUUGGUCCGUUUCAUGGCUCGACCCGUCCCACAAUGGACAAGAACGGGAUGAAGAAGCGCACGGUUCGAUUUGAAAACAAGGAUCGACCUACUCUUGUUCCAGUUCCAGUUUCAGCUCCAUCAGAAGAAGAACGCGAAGAUCCCAUUGAGAAAGCUUUUGACACUUUCUUCUUGUUCCUAGACGACGUCCGUCAGCAGGCAAGCUCUCCUAGGGCGGAUGGUACCAUUAGUGAAGGUUGCUUGUAUGAUGUCCCCAACAAUUUGGAUGUCAACAAAGCGCUGGAAUGCGUCACAGACAGAGUCUGCCGUAACCCCUGCGUAGAAAUUGGAUGCGGCAGUGUCCAGCCUCCAGCAGAUUUGGUGCUGUCUACUCCGUCCAAGGAAGAACGGGAAGGAGCGGAUCAUGGAGAACCCAAGAAACAAGACUACAUGGUCAGCAAGGAAAAUUCGGUCAGGGACCUCAGUGCACCCGCUCCUACUACCGAACCAAAAGACGACGCCAAGGCUGCCACCAAGAAUCAAACUCCACCACCACCACCCCCGCCCCCCAAGACAGCUACCAAAUCCAAAGUUGUGGCUGCUACAUCUACAGCUGUGGCCGUGGUCAAGGACAACUCCAUCACGGAGCUCAGUGCUCCUCCUGCUGCUGCGCCAAAGGAAAGCAAGACUGUGCCCAAGCAGCAAAAGGAUGUCACCACCAAGGCCGCCCCGAAAUCGGCCAAGACUGCUUCCGUGCCAACGUACACCCCCGUGGAGACCAUUGCGGACAAGCUUCGAACUGUCAUUCCAGAAGAGAUGCUCCAGCAGAUGAUGGAUGCAUUCAUCUUGGAAACAGGAGAAAUUAAACCGGAUGCGGAAGCGCUCACCAUCAAGAGUGGCGUGGAUUCGGAUCCCAUUGUAGAAAUGAUUGACAGACUCAUCAUUUUCUUUGAUGACCUCCAAGUGGCUCUCAAAACAAGAAAGAUGGAGACACUCAUGGAACACUACAACAUGGAGGAACAAAUGGCCAUGGCAAGACAAAAGAUUGAUGAUAUUUUGCAGAGCUACCAAAUCAAGAGAGAAAGCUCCAGAGUGGCGCCUGCCAACAAGCAAGUACAGAUUGUUGCAGAGGAACAACAAAAGAAGGACCAGGGCGGCGUGGAAGAAACCAAGGACGAUGCAUUUGACGCGGAUAGGAGUGACAUGUCUGAAGAUACACACAAGACCACAAACACCAAGAUCAAGCCUCCAUCCUUGCAGAUGAGGCCAUCCGAGUUGCUCGAUGCCCUUCAGUCCGCUGCUACCAUUCUAUCCGAUUCUGCGACCCCCGAAGAAUUGUCCCGGUACUCCAAGGAAGAGUUGCACAAGUUGGCUCUGGAAAAAAUCAUGUCCGAACGAAAUGAGAUGGAAGAAGGAUUUUCCGAGUACAAGACGGAAGAAAUGCUCUUGGGUGACCUCAUGAAGACGCCUGAAGAAGAAGCAAACGAUACGGAGUCGCCCCAGGCGGAGAAAGAUGCAUCAAAGGCGGAGAAAGAUGCAUCCAAGGCAGAGAGAAGGCGCAAAGAACAACUGGUUGUCCUUGGUCAUUCCGGUACUCUCACGCCUAUCCCAGAGGCAGACGAAGGCAGUGCUACGACACCUGCAUCUGAUAUUCUCGAUCAUGGACUCAUGAGCGGUACUGCCCCUGAAGUUCCCUUGAUUCCUUGUGAGGCAUCUGCAGGAAGAGAAGGCUCAUCUCUCGCCGACGCCAAUGAUAGCGUUGCCGACGACAUCGAACAAGAGCCAGACCUCACGAAGGAACCCACAGAGUCUGACCCGGUCGUCAAAGCGAUUGACAACAUCUUCCUUUGCGUUGAUGACAUGGAAGAGCAAGGUGACAUUGCAUGCAACGCGUGUAUCGGAUCGACCGUGCCGAGUGACCUCAUUGAUCCCAGUGAUGACAUUCUUGAGGGGAACGAAGAAGACAAAGAAGCAAGAUUGAAAGCUGAAAAGGAAGCAGAAGAAGCUGCAGCCAAGGCAGCAGCCGUAGCGGCGGCAUUGCAAGCAGCUGCAGAUGAAAACGCGGCCGAGGAGCUAAAUAAUCUCGUUCAAAUUCGAAUCGAGCCUCGACCUGAACAAUUCAUGAAGCCGGAGGAGCGCGGCCAGCUGCUGAUCCAGGAGGCACUUCAAGUACUUCGAGAAGCUUCAAGAAUGACAGACGAAACGAGUCCACAAGUGAGCAAGCCAGCAACGCAAGAGACGGCGAAACCAAAAGCGACUCCUGAAUUGAAGACGGCCAAGCCGAAAGAAGCUACCAAAGAGACGGCGAAACCAAAAGAAACAGCGAAGAUUCAGCAACCAACUGACAAGCCCAAGCAAGUGGUAGAUCCGACUAUUGACCUCGUGGAUCGUCUCGUCAGAGUGUUUGAUGACGCAAGGGACAAGGCAGAAGUUCUUCAAGAGGCAACAGCGAGGCUGGAUGUGGUCAAAGAUCUGAUCACUGGAACGGCAGGAAAAGACAUGGCUGAAGCCGAUAAGGAGCGUGAGAUUGCAAAACUGGUGGAUGCUGCAUUUCAAGACAGCGACAGACUCCGCAAGAGCUGGAGAAUCGUCAUCGAACACCCUGGACUCAAGGGGGUGGAAGACGGCGUGACACCUCAGAUGUCCAUGGAAAUGGACCAAGACAAACAAAAGGUUGAGUUUGAAAUCCCAGAGAUGAUGAAGCAACACCAAGAACCAUGCAUUGAUUGGGGUGGCGAUGACAGCGAGUUGAUGGCGAGCAUUAACGCGGACAGGAAACUGUCCGAGAUGGAGCACGAGAACAUCUUCCGAGAUGUGUCCAAAGGGCUACAGGAAUCAUCGGGCGGCAUCAUCACACGAUCAGACAACAAAGACGUUCGCUUGAUUUACAAUGCCCCGGCGUUCACGGAAGGAAACAGCAGCAGCGCUGAGCAGGUUGAAGAUCAAGCGAGUCCUGCUCAGGUUACGUUGAAGGUGCUGUCCGCCGAAUCAGCUUCCGGCGCCGACAGUACAAGCUCUUCUGGUAUGCAAGGACAGCCAGGACAGCAGGAAAAGGCUGUUGCAUACAGCUGUGAUGCAUCCAAAAUGAGGGAGAUGGGUAAGAAAUUCCAAGGUUGGUCUCUGACGAAGAAACGAGAGGAACUGCUGCGUUCUAAACUGGGCAACCCUUAUUCAAUUUGAUGUUUGUUCACCUCAUUGCCCACAGCGUGUGAGUAGGAAGUAGAUGUAAGAAGGGUUAUUACUUAAAUGUUGAGCGUUGCACCAUUGG